AUUUCGUCAUCAUUUUGGGACUUCGUUCGGGGAGAAACCAAAGAGUGGGGCAGCGACCUGGUCUUCCUUCUUAGCCCUGAAGACUCCUCGUCACCGAACUUCUCGAAGCUUCUCCACCUUCGUCUCGUCUCCGUCCGAUGGAAGCCCUUCCGGCUUCCGGGAAUUUUCACUCCGAUCGCCGAUCUCUGGAGAGCCUCCUGGUCUCCAGCGCCGUUGGCUGGUUCUACUCCUCCUCCGAUUGGUGAAACAAUCCAGCUUUCUUGCUCUUCUUCGUCUCAGUAUCCUCCGUGGUUUUUUUCAGCCAAAAUCUCUUCAUGAACUUCUGCAAAUCGGCAGGGCCGCGGAGAACCGAAGCAUGUGCGGUGGUCCGGAGCGCCUGAAACCCUCGCCGUCUCCGUCUACCUCUACCUCCCAACACAAUUUUAAUAACUCCUCCUCCGAUCUUUCGAUAUGAAACAUCUAACGAUCGAGACCGGGGACAACUUCUCGAGCCUCCUCGAGCUCGCGGCCAACAACGAUGCGGACGGCUUCAAGAGAUCCGUCGAGGAGGAGCCCUCCGCGAUCGACGAGAUCGGCCUCUGGUACGGCCGUAAGAAGGGCUCCAACCGGAUGGUGCUCGAGCACCGGACGCCUCUCAUGGUCGCCGCCACCUACGGCAGCAUCGAAGUGCUCAGAUUAAUCCUCAGCCUCUCCUCCGUCGAUGUCAACCGCUGCUGCGGACCCGACAAGACCACCGCUCUCCACUGCGCCGCCUCCAGCGGCUCGGCGAACGCCGUAGAGGCUGUGAAGUUGUUGCUCUCUGCUGGCGCCGAUGCUGAUCUGGUCGAUGCCAGUGGCCACCGCCCGGCCGAUGUGAUCGCCGUCCCUCCCAAGCUUUCUGAAUUCAAGCUUGCCCUUGAAGACCUCCUCGGUGUCUCCGCUGGUGACCCCCGGUGCGCUCUCCGUGUGUCCACCAGCCCAUCCAUCUCCAGUUCGCCGCCGUUAUCCCUCUCUCCUGUCGAGGGUGGGUCGCCUUCCUCCGAUGAUUCAUCCGCCUCCCCGACGGCCGGGAAGUUUCAUGACCAUCCCCCAGCUUCGCCGGCGCCAUCGGAGAAGAAAGAGUACCCGGUGGAUCCCUCCCUUCCGGACAUCAAGAACAGCAUCUACGCCACCGAUGAGUUCCGGAUGUUCUCUUUCAAGAUCCGGCCUUGCUCCCGGGCAUACUCCCAUGAUUGGACGGAGUGUCCCUUCGUUCAUCCUGGAGAGAAUGCUCGCCGGAGGGAUCCGAGGAAGUAUCAUUAUAGCUGUGUUCCUUGCCCGGACUUCCGGAAAGGCGCGUGCAGGAGAGGGGACAUGUGCGAAUAUGCCCACGGCGUGUUCGAGUGUUGGCUCCACCCGGCGCAGUAUCGCACGAGGCUGUGCAAGGAUGGCCCCGGCUGCACUCGCCGGGUCUGCUUCUUCGCUCACACGCACGAGGAGCUCCGUCCGCUGUAUGUCUCCACCGGUUCCACCGUGCCGUCUCCUCGCUCCUCUGCCUCGACGGCGAUGGAGAUGGCGGCGGCGAUGAGUCUCUUGCCAGGGUCCCCGUCUUCGGUGAUGUCGCCGACCCCAUUUACUCCUCCUAUGUCACCGUCGGCCAACGGCGGAGGACACUCUUCUCUGGCCUGGCCGCAGCCAAAUGUCCCUGUGCUGCAUCUUCCAGGGAGCAAUCUCCAGUCUAGCAGGCUUCGCACUUCUCUCAGUGCGAGAGACAUGGCUGUCGAUGAAUUAUUGAUGCUAUCGGAGCUUGAAGCACCGCAGCAUCAGCUCAACGAUUUAUACUUUCCGUCCGGCCCAGCUCGCCUCGGUUCUCCCUUAGCUGGGAACCGUUCUGUUCGUUCCAAGGCCCUGGCACCAUCCAACCUCGAUGAUCUCUUCUCUACGGAGAUCUCCUUAUCUCCAAGGUACAAUUCCGAGCAGGGAGCUGUGUUCUCGCCGACCCACAAAUCGGCGGUUCUCAAUCAGUUCCAGCAGCAGCAGAGCCUUCUCUCACCCAUCAAGACGAACAACGUCUUCUCCCCUAAGGCCGUGGAUUCCCAGCAGGCUCUGCUGCAAGCCUCGCUGGGCGUCUCAUCCUCAGGCCGGAUGUCCCCCCGUGGCUUGGAGCCGGUCUCACCUGUGAGCUCCCGCAUCGCAGCUCUCACCCAGCGGGAGAAGCUCCAGCAACAGCUUCGCAGCCUGGGUUCCUCCAACAACGGUGUUCCUUCCAUGGCGGGUUCGCCGGGGAAUUCCUCUUGGUCCAAGUGGGGAUCCCCAUCUGGGAAGGUAGACUGGGGUGUGAAUGGCGACGAGCUUGGCCGGUACAAGAGCUCGUCUUCUGUCGAGCUUGGUGGGUCCGGUGGUGAGGAGCCUGAUGUCUCCUGGGUGCACUCACUGGUGAGCCCACCGGAGUUGAAGGACAAACAUGAGACCAAUACUUCGACAAGCAAUGGUGGUGGAAGUGCGGCUGAUGCUGCUACUAAUUCAAGCACUCAGUUGGAUGGAUCGGAUCACACGGUUCUUGGGGCUUGGUUAGAGCAGAUGCAGCUCGAUCAGCUCGUGGCCUAGGAGACGAAAAACUGAACUUGUCACCGAGCUACUCAAAGAUCUGCAGUACUACUAUUAGAUGGCUGGUGAAUAAUAUUUUUCUUUUGGUCUGCGGGCAGCAAGGCAGGAGAUGAUGGUGAUUGGUUCAAAAUUCUGUCAGAGAUUCGAUUUUCGAAGCAAUUUGUUAUUACUUCAAGAGUUUCAAAGUGGUGAAUUCGGUGAGAAAUUUUAGCUCUGGGUUGUUUCAAGCGACACCCUGGUAAACGUCUCCCUUAUUAAUUUCCAUUUUUUUUUUUUGGCCUCUUCCCAAAAACUCCAGUUUACACUGGACUGUAACUGUUUUAGUUUCUCUCCCGUUUAACCAUCCAUCUAUUUGUUAGUUAUAUAUCAUAUAUUUGAAGAACUUUGUUAGUUAACUGGUGCCAAGUGACUGAAGAAGAACAGGAGAGUUUUUCUUGUUCCUGAUCUCCGUUUGACGGGACAUGGUGGGAGGGGGAGGAAGAAUCUAUCGAGACGGGCUGACGUGGCCCACUUGGACGGUGGAGUUAUUGGCAUUUUCUAUUGUAUAGUGGGCAGGUGGAAAGUAUGGUGCUUGCGUUUUAUCCAUCAUGUAUACAUUGAUUCAAAACUUAAUUGCUAUUAUUUCAUCUAUUAUAUAAAUAUAUUUUUUAUGUCAUCU